AUGACAUGUCAAGCGUCACAAAUACAUGAGACUGAGGCGAAGGAAGGUGUUGUUUCAUUUCAGGCGAUGAAGUAUCACCGAAGAAGCCGACUUCCCAUCCUUCUCACCUCAAUAGCCCUAGUACUUUGCUUCCUCAUUAGUGUGACGAGUCUUUCCCUCCUUCUGCUCUUUGACAACAUUGUGGAGUGGAAAAUUUCCGAGUCCGUCAAGCUGCGUAAUGACACCGCGGUUUAUCAAAGUUGGAAAUCGGAUAAUGCGGCAAGCAAAUUUUCGGUCUUCUUCUACAACCUUACAAACCCUACUGAAAUGCUAGCCGGUGAAAAGCCGGUCCUUCAGGCGAUUGGACCUUACGUCUAUUGGCAGGAGAACGAAAAAGUGAACAUCUCGUGGACGGAGGUGGACGACGUUCCAGCCAUAUCCUAUUUUAAACGAAGUACAUAUAAAUUUGACUCCACCCUCUCCGUUGGUGACCCGCAAAAUGACUUAAUCACCUCAGCAAACCUACCCAUUCUGGCCAUUUCAGCGGCCAAUAAUGCAGGUCGUGGACCGAGUCUUAGUACGAUAGAGAUGGUCAAAUUUUGGACAAGUCCACAAAUCUUCACCACACAAACCGUUCAUGGCUUCCUGUGGGGGUACUUUGACACAAUGCUGAGCGUGUGCAAGUUUUUCUAUCCUGAGAUGUGUCACACCGAUCAAGUGGGUCUUCUGCUCAACACUAACAACACUGUAAAAGGUCCUUAUAUCAUCGAUGCCGGUAUAAAGAAUUCAUCGAAUGUAGGCGAGUUCCUCUCCAUCAAAGGCGAUAGGGAGCUGGAUAUAUGGUCGACAAAGCAAGCCAAUAAAAUUCACGGAACAGAUGGCACAAGGUUGGCCAAAGGCAUUCAAGCUGGAGAUCUGAGGGAAAUUUUUGUUGCUCUACUCUGCCAACCUAUCAAAAUAACCGCUAAAGACUUCACUCAUCCCUCAGCGUUUCAGGACUUGAAGGUUGUGGAAAUGGAUCUGGACUCAUCUAAGUAUCCUCCAGAUGAAGCAUACUGUCCAACCAAGGUCUCUGGGCCAGAGUGUCCACCGAGAGGUCUUUUUGACAUCUCCCAGUGUUCAGUGCAUGGCGAUGUGGCUCCCCCAAUUUUUGCCUCUAUGCCGCAUUUUCUAAACUCCUUAGAAAACCUCACUGCACCCUUCCGCGGUCUUAGAAGUGCUGAUCCAAGGCGAGACAACUUUAAACUUCUCGUUGAACCGAAGACGGGAAUCGUGGUGGAGGCACACGUUCGACUGCAGGUGAACGCCCACAUCGAACGAUCUGCACAUAUGGCGGAUCUCUAUCAAAACAUCUCCGAUCCACUGUAUCUGCCAAUGGCGUGGUUUGAAAACGAAAUAAAAGGCAGUUCUGAGGCUCUGAGGCUUCUUCACUCUGCAAUCUACACUCAACCCGACCAUAUGUAUCUGGCGAUUCAUGUUUCGUUCAUUCUCACUGCCACUCUCUUUUGCCUCCUUCUGGUCGUGAAUGUACUACUAAUGUUGGCGCGCUACUCCAAGUGCAUUUGCUCUGUUUUCCGAUCGCGGAAGCAAAAUCCUUCCAUAAGACAUCUCCUUCUUGAACAUCCCGCUGAUAGUUCCAGUGACUUGACAGUGCAGUUUUACCCUCCUUCCCACGUUUCGCUCUCCGUUCGACCCAGCUGUUUUGCGUGA